AUGGCUCAACCAAAAACAGACACGAUCUUACCCAUACCAACUGUCUCCCAACCUUCUGGUCACACGAAAGAACAUCAACCCAAAUUAUACAUAUUGGAUUAUGGAGCUGGAAAUGUCAGAUCACUCGCUAAUUCAAUCAAGAAAUUGGGAUAUGAAUUUGAGUGGAUUAACGAUGAAAGUGAUUUUGAUAAAGCAGAGAAACUCAUUUUCCCAGGAGUAGGCGCAUUCGCUCAAGCAAUGACAUCUCUGAAAACAUCAGGUCGAUACGAACAAUUACUAAAAUACAUCAAAAGUGGGAAACCCUAUUUCGGUAUAUGUAUAGGUAUGCAAGUUUUAUUUGAAUCUUCAGAAGAAUCGCCAGAUAUAAAAGGUCUAGGUGUCAUUCCAUAUCCAAUUAAAAAAUUCUCAAAUCAAGAUGAAUGUAAUGGUGAAUUAGUUAAAAAGACCGUUCCUCAUAUGGGUUGGAAUACUUCUUGGAAAUCCUAUCAGACAUCAACAUCAUCAUCGACAGACGAAGAGAAAUUGAUGUUGGAAAAUGAAGAUUAUUAUUUCGUUCAUUCGUAUGCUGCGUUAUUAGAUCCAUCUCUCGCCUCCUCCGCCUCCACUUCGUCCGAAGGAGAAUCCUCGACUUCAUCCAUAACGGCUCAGGAGACUUUAGCUAUCAAAGAUUUCGCUUAUACGAUAUCAAGAUAUGGAUCCGAAAGAUUCGUCUCGUGUGUGAAAAAAGAUAAUAUAUUCGCUUGUCAGUUCCAUCCUGAAAAAUCAGGUCCGGCAGGUUUAGAUCUUUUGCGUAGAUGGUUGGAAGCAUCACCUGAAUCCCUCUCUGCGUCAAAAUCCACUUCACCAUCCCCAGAAAGAACAUGGCAGAUUAGAAAUCCUGAUCAAUCACGUGGAUACACCAAUGGAUUGGCAAGUAGGAUAGUAGCAUGUUUAGAUGUUCGGUCAAACGAUAAUGGUGAUCUAGUCGUCACCAAAGGAGAUCAAUAUGAUGUGAGAGAAAAAUCUUCUUCCUCUUCAAGAGAAGUUAGAAAUCUUGGUAAACCAGUCGAAUUGGCUCGAAGAUAUUAUUUGGAAGGAGCGGACGAAGUCGCUUUUUUGAAUAUCACAUCUUUCAGAUCAUCAGCUUUAUUGGAUCAACCCAUGUUGGACGUUGUUCGGAAUGCCGCUGAAACUAUUUUCGUUCCGUUGACUAUCGGAGGUGGAAUCAAAGAUACUGUAGAUCCUGAUGGAACACCAAGAUCAGCUUUGGAAGUUGCGGGAGCGUAUUUCAGAAGUGGCGCAGAUAAAGUCUCGAUUGGAUCAGAAGCUGUUUUGGCUGUAGAAGAAUUGUUAUCUAAAUCUAAGAAUGGUCAAGCCGAAGAACAAUUCUUGACCGGUAAAACUGGUAUUGAAACUAUUUCAAAGGGAUACGGAGCACAAGCUGUGGUAGUUUCGAUCGAUCCGAAAAGAGUUUACGUCGAUACAACUCAAUCUAAUUGGAAAGAGAAUUUCCCUUCUAAACAUCUUCCAUCUUUGAUUAUUGGAGAUGAAGCAACUUCAAGAACAAAAGACGAAGAAAAAGGUAAAGCAUGGUGGUAUCAAUGUACCAUAUCAGGUGGUAGAGAUGUUCGUGAUAUUGACGUAGUUCAAUUGGCAAAAGGUGUAGAACUAUUGGGUGCAGGUGAAAUUUUAUUAAAUUCAGUUGAUAGAGAUGGUUCUGGAAAAGGUUUCGAUUUAGAUUUAAUAAACUUGGUUAAAAACGCAGUUUCCAUUCCUGUCGUAUCCUCUUCAGGUGCAGGUUCACCAGAUGAUUUCGUGGAAGUUUUCAGAGAAACUGGGACCGAAGCCGCUCUAGCUGCUGGUAUCUUCCACAGAAAGGAAGUAGGUAUCGAAGAUGUCAAAAAGACUUUGGAAGAAAAAGGUUUACCAGUGAGGAGAUGUGCUUUGGAGACUAUUUAG